CAAUGGAUUAUGAUGCCGGUAUAAAUCGAGAAACAAAUACAUCUUCAGCAGCAUAUAGCCGGGUUCGUCUUCCCCAAAAUCGAUAAUCCGCGUCUCCCUUAUCGUCCACCGUCGUCUCCAUUGCGCUAGGUAGCAAAGCCAUUUAUGAACUUUAUUCUGUUUUACGCGCAUCUGACACAGAUACAUUAAUAUAUCACCACCCUGUGAGGUGUUUGUUAUUGCAUAACCACACAAGAUGGGGAAAAAUGAUUUCUUGACCCCCAAAGCCAUCGCGAACAGAAUUAAAGCUAAAGGGCUGCAGAAGCUGCGAUGGUAUUGCCAGAUGUGCGAGAAGCAAUGCCGAGACGAGAAUGGGUUCAAGUGCCACUGUAUGAGUGAAUCCCACCAGCGCCAGAUGGAGGUGUUUGGGCAAAACCCUAACCGGAUUGUCAGUGGCUACUCUGAGGAGUUUGAGAGUGCAUUUCUUGAGCACAUGAAGCGCAGCCACCGCUUUAGCCGUGUGGCUGCCACGGUUGUGUACAAUGAGUACAUUGCUGAUCGCCAUCACAUUCAUAUGAAUUCCACCGAGUGGGCAACUCUGACUGAGUUUGUCAAGUAUUUAGGCAGGACUGGGAAGUGUAAAGUUGAUGAGACUCCAAAGGGGUGGUUUAUUACUUACAUAGAUAGAGACUCCGAGACCCUUUUCAAGGAGAAGAUGAAAAACAAGCGGAAGAAGGCUGAUAUUGCAGAGGAAGAGAAGCAGGAGAGGGCAAUUAAGAGACAGAGGGAGCGGGCAGAACAGUUGUUGACGAAUAGCGAAGAUUCUGAGCAGAUCUUGAUACCGGGAAGGUUGGAGGGUGAUGAUCAGAAAGUGAAGUUGUCUCUGGGCUCAUCAUCAAAACCACCCAAUGAUAAAUACAGACCCGAUAGCUCCUCAAGAUCUGUUUUUGAUGUGAUGGAUAAGUCUCGGAAGAAAAGUGGAAGAGAUACUGUAGCAAAGUUGGGGGAUAAGGGUGGUGGGCUGUUGGAUGAGCUGAUGAGAGAGCAAGAAGAGGCAAAGGAACGACAUAAUCGGAAGGAUUAUUGGUUAUGUGAGGGAAUAGUCGUGAAGGUUAUGAGCAAGGCCUUAGCUCAUAAGGGAUAUUAUAAGCAAAAAGGUGUUGUUAGGAGGGUAAUCGACAAGUAUGUUGGCGAAAUUGAAACCCUUGAAAAGAAGCAUGUCUUGAGAGUUGACCAGGAAGAGCUUGAAACUGUAAUCCCCCAAAUCGGCGGUCUUGUGAGGAUAGUUAACGGGGCUUAUCGUGGAUCAAAUGCAAGGCUGCUAGCCAUUGAUACAGACAAUUUCUCCGCCAAGCUGAAAAUUGAGAAAGGUAUAUAUGAUGGGAAGGUUCUCAAGGCUAUUGACUAUGAAGACAUUUGCAAACUCGCACAAUGAGAAUCGUCGUUGACUACACAGGCUCCAGUAGUAUGACGGACCUGAGUCGGUGGUAUGGAACCGUUUGAAUUGAGGUAUCCUAAUAUGUGUACAGGACUUCUGAAAUUUGGGUCUGAAUGGGAAUCCUGUUUUAGCUCAUCCAAAAUACUACCUCCGUCCCAGUAAUUUGUCCAGUUUGACUUUUUCGACAAAUUGGACAAACUUUGAGCUUCAAUUAUUUUCAAUUUGUAUUGCAUAUUUGUACGAUGGAAUAAAAUUUUGAAAGUUCU